AAUUAGAUUGCAAAAAUGUUGGAUGUCUUCGCGCAUUCAGCAGCCGUUCGCGGAGCGGCGCGUACGCACGCAAGCAGCAUGGCGCACGAUUUGAACGGCAAGGUCGCGCUUGUGACGGGCGCCGCUAACGGCGUGGGCGCAGGGAUUGUGAAGCUGCUGCUGGCUGAAGGAGCGAAGCACGUCGCCAUUCUCGACAUCGAUGAAACCAAAGGGACCGAGUUCCAAAACGAGUUAAACGCAGAAUACGGCGCCAACAAGAGCAAGUUCUACCAGUGUGACGUCACGAACGACGAUCAGCUGUUCGAGGCGUUUCAGUCCGUCGUGGGAGGCCACGGGGGCUUAGACUUGGUAGUCAACAAUGCUGGUAUCAUGAACGAUGCCCCGCAUGUGUAUAAGAAAGAAAUUUCGGUUAAUGUGACUGCUCUGAUCACCAGCACAUUAAAAGCCCUAGAGCUGAUGCGCACAGACGAAGGUGGUAAAGGAGGCACCGUCAUCAACAUAGCUUCAGUCGCCGGCCUUUGCCAGUUUUCCUUAAUGCCCAUCUACUGGGCCACCAAGGCGGCUGUUAUCCAGUUCAGCAACUGUAUUGGUAAAGAGGACUACUACGAGAAGACUGGCGUCCGCGUGCUAGCAGUUUGUUUUGGAGCCACCGAAACCAGUCUCAUCAGCAGCCAGAAGCUGGGAUCGCUUGACAAAAAUGUGGCCAGCGAAAACCUCGAGAGCCAAAUUUACAAAUUCUAUGUACAAAGAAUGGAAUCAGCAGCCCAGGGGGUGAUCGAUUCUUACAAGAUUGGCUCCAGUGGAAGCACCUGGAUCGUAACUCGCGACCUUCCGGCCAAGGACAUCACGGACAACGUUGAUAGGGCCUAUGAGAUCUUGGGUGAACAUAUGUAACCACGUACAGAUAUAAGUAGUGCAUAGGAUAGUUAUCCAUCGUAAUUUCUCGGAAACAUUGAUAGUUGUCGUGCUCGUUCGGAACCGAGACUGACUGAAAUAACAUGACACGUUCGUGAGUUUCCAUGAAAAUCCGAAAGAAACACAUUUCGCAUUAACAUCUGUAUGUACAGCGAUCUGCAAAAUUGCAUGGACACAUUAGUGUACGAAUGAAACACAUUCAGCGACCAUGCACUUGUACCUAUAGAUAGAACUGUACAUAUAGACAAUGUUUUCCAAUUCUAGAAAAUUCGGGAAAUUAAGAUGAAAGCAGCAUAAGGAGGUUGCAGGGUUUUACAUUAGUAUUAAAUUAAGUAUCUAAAUAAAUAGUUUUAGGUAAA